AUGUCGUUUGCAGCUCGGCGUCGCGGGAACAAGGUGAAAAAGGGCGUCCAGUUCACCGUCAUGGUCGUUGGCGCCUCUGGGACUGGUCGCACCACUUUCGUCAAUACUUUGUGCGAAAGCGAGGUCCUUACCCACAAGGUCUCUGACGAUCCCGAAACGGCGCAUAUAGAGGUGGGGGUUAAAAUCAAGCCCGUGAAUGUUGAACUCGAGGAGGAUGGGGUCCGAAUCGCGCUUACCAUUGUCGACACUCCUGGCUUUGGCGACAAUAUCGACAAUGAAGCCGCGUUCCAAGAAAUUAUGGGCUACCUGGAGCGCCAAUACGACGAUAUUCUAGCUGAAGAAUCUCGCAUUAAGCGGAACCCUCGCUUCCGCGAUAAUCGGGUACACGCCCUUUUAUACUUUAUCCCGCCGACCGGACACUCUUUGCGUGAAAUGGAUAUCGAACUUAUGCGCCGGCUUUCUCCCCGCGUCAAUGUCAUCCCAGUCAUCGGAAAGGCAGACACACUGACCCCAAGUGAACUGAAAGGGUUCAAAAAACGGAUUAUGGAAGAUAUUGAGCACUAUGAUAUGCUGGUCUACAACUUCCCCUACGACAUCGAAGAAGACGACGAAGACACAAUCCAGGACAAUAGCGAGCUUCGUGCGCUUCUUCCUUUCGCCAUAAUUGGCUCUGAGGAAGAGGUGGAGGUUGACGGCCAGUUUGUCCAGAAAUUGUCUCGCAGUGUCAAUCCCGACAUGCAAGAUUCUUCAAUCCUCCCAGAGGAGAUGGCUAAUCAAAGCGUGCGCCUCAAAGAAGAACAGUUGAGGAAAGAGGAAGAAAAGUUGCGCGAAAUUGAAUUGCGCGUCCAGCGAGAAAUCACGGAACGACGUCAACAACUACUGGCCAAGGCCAUUCACGACGCUGCCCCCUUGGCUGACGACGUAUUCUCCAUCUCUCACGUCUAUGAACAUACCAAUGGUUACGCUGGCCGCUUUUCUCAACUGGCUGUCGAGCAUUUGCGCACCAUGCCUGAAGUAGACUUCAUUGAGCGGGACCAGGUGGUCCGCAUCCAGGAAACACAGAAGCUGGCGCCAUGGGGACUCGCUCGCGUUAGUCACCGCAAGAAACUCAGCUUGGGCACAUUCACUAGAUACGACUACGACCCCAGUGGCGGCGACGGCGUCGAUGUCUACGUUAUUGACACUGGCAUCAAUAUCAAUCACGAGGAGUUCCAAGGAAGAGCUUCAUGGGGCGCCACCAUUCCUCAGAACGAUGUUGACGAGGACGGCAAUGGACACGGCACACAUUGCGCUGGUACUAUCGCCUCUCGCAAGUUUGGGGUCGCCAAAGCUGCCAAUGUAAUCGCAGUCAAGGUCCUUGGCUCGAAUGGCUCUGGUUCAAUGUCUGAUGUCAUUGGUGGUGUUAACUUUGCCACAACCGCAUCGCUCGCCAAGAAAGCUAAAGCCGAAGCCGAAUUCAAAGCGACUGGAAAGACCGCACACAAAGGGUCCGUUGCCAACAUGAGUUUGGGCGGUGGUAAAUCAGACGCUCUUGACCGUGCUGUCAACGCUGCUGUCGAUAAGGGUCUCCACUUCGCUGUCGCAGCUGGAAAUGACAAUCGUGAUGCUUGCAACUACUCUCCUGCUGCCGCUGAGAAGGCAGUCACUGUCGGUGCCUCCACCUUGUCGGAUGAACGGGCGUACUUCUCCAACUUCGGCAAAUGUGUUGAUGUCUUCGCUCCCGGUCUGAACAUCAGGUCAACCUGGAUUGGGUCCACUUCCGCGGAGAACACGAUAUCUGGAACUUCGAUGGCAUCGCCCCAUACUGCUGGAAUGCUGGCUUAUCUGCUUUCGCUCUACCCCUCCAAGGCAUUUGACCCCAAGUUUGAUGCUGAGCCGUUAGUGGAGACCAGUGUUUUCCAACGUCCCAUGGCCAUUGCGUUGUCCUCGACGAUGUAUAUUUUUGGGUAUUCUGCUCUUCCCAACUGGGCAGCGAGCCUUCUCCCAUCACCCGUUGUUGUGGAGGAAACUGUCGCACCAAUCCCAACUUUGACCCCAGCUCAGUUGAAGCGGGCAUUGCUUCAACUUGCAACGCCCAAUGCUCUCUCAGAUUUACCUGCUGAGACGGUCAACCUUCUCAUUUUCAACAAUUUUACGAGCACAGCGUAG